CCACUUUAUCACGCGCUUUGCGGUAGUGUGGCGGAAAUGGCGUCUCACUUCUCCGGUGUGCUGCAGCUCACUGACCUGGAUGACUUCAUCGGGCCCUCGCAGGACUGCAUCAAGCCCGUUAAGGUUGAGAAGAAGCCGGGGAAGGCGGCAGCCAAGAUCCGAAUUGAAGAUGACGGAAGUUAUUUUCAAAUCACUCAGGACGGAACCUCAGAAAAACUGGAAAAGGCAAAGAUUACGCUUAACGACUGCCUGGCCUGCAGCGGCUGCGUCACGUCUGCGGAAAGCGUUCUGAUCUCGCAGCAGAGCCACGAGGAGUUAUACAAAGUCCUGCGUCUGAACGAGACGGAAGAUUCCUCCCAACACAAGCUGGUUGUCGUUUCUGUGUCUCCGCAGUCUCGGGCGUCCCUCGCGGCCAAGUUUAACCUGAGCGUCUCGGACACGGCGCACAAGCUGACUGCCUUCUUCAAGCAGCUGGGAGUCCAUCAUGUUUUCGACACCACUUUCUCGAGGAACUUCAGCCUCCUGGAGAACCAAGAAGAAUUCAUAAAGCGCUUCAAGCGACAGAAGGAGGAAAAGACUCUCCCCAUGCUGGCUUCAGCCUGUCCAGGAUGGAUCUGCUAUGCAGAGAAAACUCAUGGAAGUUUUAUUAUCCCGUACAUCAGCAGCACCAAGUCCCCGCAGCAAGUGAUGGGGUCCCUGGUUAAGAGUCACUUUGCGCGUGAAAAGAAUUUAAAACCCGACCAGAUCUACCACGUCACAGUCAUGCCCUGUUACGACAAGAAGCUGGAAGCCUCCAGACCAGACUUCUUUAGCCAGGAGUAUGAGACCCGCGACGUGGACUGCGUGAUUACGACCGGCGAGGUCAUGCGGAUGCUGGAGCAGGAGCGAGUGUCGUUAUCGGAGGUCAGUUCUUCGCCCCUAGACACACUGUUCAGCAGCGCAGUGGACGAGGAGCCGCUCGGACACGGAGGCGGCGGAUCAGGCGGAUACUUGGAGCACAUUUUUAAACACGCGGCCCAGGAACUGUUUGGCGUCCGCGUGGAUCACAUUACAUACAAGCCUUUAAAGAAUAAAGACUUCCAGGAGGUGACGUUGGAGAAGGAUGGGAAAGUGGUUUUGCAGUUUGCGUUGGCCUACGGGUUUCGAAACAUUCAGAACCUCGUCCAAAAGCUAAAACGAGGCCGCUGUACUUAUCACUACGUGGAGGUGAUGGCGUGUCCCUCAGGUUGUUUAAAUGGUGGAGGGCAGAUCAGAGCAGAAGGGGAAGCCAGUAAGGAUCUUCUGCAGCGGGUAGAGCAGCUCUACGAGACGGUGAGGCCUGAGCUUCCGGAGGAGAACAGAGCUGUUCAGCAUCUCUACGAGCGGUGGCUUGGGGGCCGUGACUCUGCGCAGGUCGUACAGACUCUCCACACUCAGUACCACGCGGUGGAGAAAGUAAACACGGGUCUGAACAUUAAGUGGUGAGUCUGGGACACCCAGGAUCCUCAAAGGGUUUGCCAGCCAUCAUGGCGCGGAAGGACCGUUCUACAGCUCAGGAAACCUACGUUAUCGGGCCGUGCUUCGUUGAGUCUGCAGGGGCCGGUCCUCAGAAUCUAAAAAGGCAAAUGCCUGUAGGGGCUAUAACGAAGCAGAAGACCACCUUUUACAAACCGCUGAUGGACAUUCUCAAAUAAUGUAGUACUCACCUGGAGCCUUCUGGUCUGAAGAUCUGAUCCCGCUUUGUGGGGACAGUGCUAAUAUGUAUUUAAACGCGUCUGAAGGUCAUGAGUGUUGAUUUGAUUGCAUAACAAAAUUGAUUUUGUUAAUUCAGUAA